AUGCUAAGCUAUACGACCAGAGCAACUAAGCCAUUAAAAGGGUCAACAAAGAGACAAAUGCUAUCCUGUAUUGCUCAAAUAUUCGACCCGCUGGGACUUCUAGGGCCAGUGAUUCUUACACCGAAAGUGAUCAUGCAACAACUAUGGCAAGUGAAAUUAGAUUGGGACGAAUCAUUGCCCGCUCAGCUCCAUACUCAAUGGGCAAAAUGGUAUGGCAAGCUUUCACAUCUAAAUUAUCUAAAAAUACCUAGGCGUGUAUUGUACGACGAUUCAAAACACGUAGAAUUGCACGGCUUUUGUGAUGCCUCCGAACGCGCCUAUGGUGCCUGUAUAUACAUAAGAAGCACAAAUUCUACUCAGGACAAUCAUGUCAGGCUAUUAUGUGCUAAAUCUCGCAUAGCUCCUCUAAAGGUUAUAUCACUCCCCAGGCUCGAGCUUUGCGGUGCGCUGUUGUUAUCUCGGCUAUAUCAACGGGUAACAGAAUCUUUAACAGUAGAUUUUAAUAGCGCACAUUUCUGGUGUGAUUCCACUAUAGCAAUUUCAUGGAUAGCAGGAGAUCCCAGCAGAUGGUCCAUCUUUGUCGCCAAUCGAGUAGCUGAGAUCCAGAAAUUAACGGCCAAGAAGCAAUGGCAUCACGUGCGUUCUGAACUAAACCCUGCAGACAUCCUUUCACGUGGAACUAAUCCAGACGAAAUUCAAACAAACAAACUUUGGUGGAAUGGUCCUUCUUUUUUACAAGGAGACUAUUAUGAAAUUCUAAACAGCUCUGCACCAUUUCCAUUGAGCGAAGAAUUACCUGAAAUAAGAAAGCGAACCAUUGCGCUGAUGGCAACAUCUACAGAAGGUGCAAGCAUCAUAAACAAGUUCUCAUCUUUAGCCAAGCUCAGACGCGUAAUUGCAUACUGUUUGCGUUUCAUAUGCAACUCAAGGAAGAAGGUAAAGAAUAGAGACGACUAUAACAUCGGGCCCCUACUAGUAGAAGAACUCGAGUACAGUAUGCUCGCCUUACUAGGCAUAGCACAAAGGGAAGAAUACCCUGAAGAAAUACGUCAGCUGUCCCAAGGACAGGAGCUACAUUCGAAAAGCAAAUUACUAUCACUUCGUCCUUUUUUAGACACCAGAGGACUACUUCGCGUUGGAGGGCGACUGCAAGAAGCUCAGUUGGAUUAUGAUCAAAGGCAUCCGAUAAUUUUACCUAAAGGACAACACUUAACACACUUGAUCAUAAUGGAGACACAUUUAAAAAACUUGCACGCAGGAGUGCAACUUCUUUUGGUUUUAAUACGUACACGCUAUUGGCCCAUAUCAGGAAAAAAUAUUAUUAGAAAGGUACUACAUAAAUGCAUAGUCUGUUGCAAGUUUCGGGCUUCUCCUGCCGAGCAAUUAAUGGGCGCUUUACCUGCAUCACGAGUUUUGCCUUUGCCGCCCUUUUCCAAAAGCGGAGUAGACUAUGCAGGGCUUUUUGCUAUCAAGAUUAGUCGCAACAAGACGGGUAAGGCUUACCUGUGCGUUUUCGUAUGUUUUCUCACGAAGGCUGUCCACUUGGAAAUUGUAUCCGACUUAACCGCAUCUGCGUUUUUGAAUGCAUUAAAAAGAUUCAUAGCUAGGCGCGGUAAAUGCACGUCCAUUUAUUCCGACAAUGGAACUAAUUUCGUAGGAGCAAAUAAGGCGCUAAAAGAAAUGUAUUUGUUAGUUAAAGCAAGCGACGUUAAGAUUCAUGAUUUUUUAACAGAACAAGCCAUUAAAUGGCACUUCCUUCCGCCUCAGUUGCCUCACAUGGGGGGUCUAUGGGAAUCCGCGGUCAAGCCGGUAAAAAUUCGACUGACAAAAAUUGUAGGACCCACCCCACUAACUUUCGAAGAAUUGGCGACCGUGGUUACUCAAAUAGAGGCUAUAUUAAACUCAAGGCCGCUUACACCCAUGUCGGCGGAUCCUGAUGAUCUUGAAGCCUUGACCCCAGGCCAUUUCCUGAUUGGUCGUCCACUAGUCGCGAUCUGCGAACCCGACGUUGCGGAUAUCAAGGUGAACCGUCUCAAUCGAUAUCAACUCAUGGAGCAAAUGAGACAAAGCUUCUGGAAGCGUUGGUCGAUUGAAUAUCUAACGCAAAUGCAGCAGAGACAUAAAUGGAAAAGACGUCAUGAGCCGAUAAGCAACGGUACUAUGGUAGUCCUGCGUGAGCAAAACAUUCCGCCUAUGAGUUGGCGUUUAGGCCGAGUGGUAAAGGUGCAUCCUGGCAAGGAUGGUUUAAUCAGAGUAGUAGACGUACGAACUAGCUCCGGCACGUAUCAGCGUCCAUUAAAUAAGAUUUGUGUUUUGCCCAUCCACGAAUAG